AUGUGUAUCUGCAUGUUUGGGUUUGGAGGCUCCCGCAUGCCAAAGCCACCCACGGCAUUCUCGCCUUUCGGUGGAGACCAUGGGAAGCCUCGCAAUGGAAAGCGAGACGCUCAUGGGAAGCCAGCUUGGUUCAUCGAGGAUGCACCGAUUUUCCGUCCCGUCCCGUUCACCCGUGUAUUGGGACUGGGACGGGCAUCUGCCAAUGCAGUACUAGGGUUUGUGCACUUAAUUAAGAGACAGGCACAUGGCCUAUACCAGCAAGGAUAA